UUUGCAGGCUGGCACCAUGUGUGCCCGAGCAACACCUGUGACCACUACCUUGAGAAGCGUGGGAGCCGCAGGAAGCCUGCAGGCUUCUGUGGGAGCCGUGGCCGGGAGCAGGCAGCAUGAUCGCUGAGCGUGCCCGGGGCGACAGGUGUUUGAAGGAAGGCCUGGGGGACAUGAGGGCAGAGGUCAUGCUGUCAUCAGGAACCAGAGCUCUUCAGAGGGACCUUGUGAAAGGAGCGUCUGCAGCAGGGUCCGUUUCUGGGACACUGAGCCGAAGGAUCAGAAGGGAAGGACCCCUGUGGGCUCCCGGGCCGGAGGGCAAGCUGCCGCCUGGACGGCUACGUGGAACUGUCAUCAUGGGCAGUGGCCAGUCCCAGGGGCGGGGUGCUGCCUGGGACACCAUGGGGGCUGGGCGCGGCCGGAGGACCGCCCCCUGGGCGCUGAGGUCGCAGGCCGGGCCAGCCUGUGGCCCAGACGCCCUGCGCUCCCUUGCACCGCGGGUCCACCCAGACCCGGAGAUCGCGGCAGCCCGGAGCCAGAGGAUGGACCCAGUGGCCUUCGAGGAUGUGGUUGUGGACUUCUCCCCGGAGGAGUGGGCUCUGCUGAGUGUGGCUCAGAGGAAGCUCUACAGAGAUGUGAUGCUGGAGACCUUCAGGAACCUGGCCUCAGUAGAUGAAGGCAGUCAACAUGAAACCAGCGGGUCCAUUUCCCAGCAAGAUAUUUGUGGAGAAAAAUUAUCCAAUAAACAGAAAAUAGCAAGGUUCAAAAGAAAUGAUACCUGGGCUUCCCUCUUAGGUGGAAAUUGGGGAGACCACAGCAUUGGAAAUCGACACAACAAACAGGGGAGACAUUUGAGAAUUCACGUGGUGAAGCGACUUUGUGCACGGAGUAAAAGGAACGAGUGUGGAGGUUCCUUCUGCCAGAUUCCAAAUCGCAGCCUGUCCAGGAAACCAGCCAAGGCAGCUAAACGCUACGAGUGCAGUGAGUGCCGAAAGAUCUUCACCCAUUCCUCAUCGCUUCAGAGGCACAGAAGAAUCCAUACGGGACAGAAGCUGCAUAAGUGUGACGAAUGUGGGAAAGCCUUCAGCCGCCCUUCCUAUCUCAGGACUCACGUGAAGACGCACAGUGGAGAGAAACCCUACGCGUGCAAAUCUUGUGGGAAAACAUUUCUCCGUUCCUAUUCUCUCACUGAACACAUCAGGACUCACACGGGAGAGAAACCCUUUGAGUGUAAGCAGUGUGGGAAACCCUUCAGCUGUCCCAAGUCCUUCCGUGUACACGUGAUGAUGCACACUGGAGGGAAGCCCUAUGAGUGUAAGCAGUGUGGGAAGGCCUACAGCUGUCCCAAGUCCUUCCGAGUACACAUGAUAAUGCACACUGGAGAGAAGCCCUAUGAGUGUAAGCAGUGCGGGAAAUCCUACUGUUGGCUCACAUCCUUCCAAAGACACGUGAGAAUUCACAAUGGAGAAAAGCCCUAUAAGUGUGAAAAAUGUGGGAAAGCCUUUGGUUGGCCUUCAUCCUUACACAAACAUGUGAGAAUGCACACUAAAAAGAAAUCUGUAAAUGUUAACAAGAUGGGAAACCCUUCAGUUGACCCUUGUCCUUCCAAAGAUGCAAGAAUGCAGACUGGAAAGAAACUCUACAAGUGUGAAAAAUGUGGGAAAGCCUUUGGCUGGUCCUCUUCCUUACGUAAGCACCUGAGAAAGCACACUGCCGAGAAAGCUGCCAAUGUAAGUAAUGUGGAGAAGCCGCCCACCAGCCCCCAUCCUCCCCAAAAUGCAGUGCCGUUUGCAGAGAAGCCCUAUAAGUGUGAAAAAUGUGGGAAAGAUUUCAGUUGUCCCAAAUCCUUUCAAGGUCAUAUGAGAAGUCACCUUGGAAAGAAACCCUAUAAAUGUACAUAUUAUCAGAAGAAUGACUUUGGCUUCAGGGUAUGAUCCUGUGUAUAGAUCCUCACAGCCACUCAGUAGCCGGAUGAUCGUGAGCAGAAACGUGCAGGUGGGCAGAGAGCCUGAGGGGCGUCUGGUGUGACGUGCUCUUUGCCCCCUGCUGGGAACUGGAGGAUGGGUCCUGACAGGAGGGUGACGUCGGGGGCAGAGAUGGCACAGCUGGUGUCCCUCCACGUGGGCAAAGCGAAGGACUGCAUCCAGGGGGCCUCUUCUGGAAUUUUGCAAUAGCCCAGCUUGCAUGAUGCGGAAGAGGCAGCUCUUCAGCUUUUGAGCCACCGCACAGCAAUACCCCACAGUCUGGCUCAUUUUCCUGAGUUUAGCCCCAUCAGUCAAAAGCAUCUUUAAAUCCAUGUCAACUGCUUGCCUUCCAUUUUGUUAGAGGCACAGGCUUCCACACACAUCCACACCCGCUUUCCCUCAUGGAUACACCUCCAUGGUCGGACGUCCAGUUUGGAUUUCCCUACAAGUUCUGUGCAGUCCGCCAGCCACUGGUUCAAGAUGUCAUGGUUGGUCACCUCAGCAGAAGCGCUGGUUCCUUUUUAUCAUAGUGUGUAAAGUCUGAUUUGUCUGAUGAACACCUCAUUCUCUUGAUCCUUCUCACUCCUCUGUUCCUGAGUCUGCCAUGACAGAUUCAAUAACACAGCCAUAAAAACACCUGGGGUUGUUUCCUGCUGCACUGUUGAGAGGCUACCCUGACCUAGUGCUUCCAGGAGAUGAAAAGACACAUUACUGUCACAUGGGGACUGACUGGGGCUGAACACCAUCCCUCAGUGUGUUCAGUUGUUUGAUAUGUAACUGAAACAAAAAUUUGAGAAAUAUCCUAUUAGCUAUAUUUUCAGAGUUGUACAUAGAUGUUUCUGAAUAUAUGAUGUUGUUACCUGCUGAUAAAUCCAUAUGUUGAAAAUACUGUAAGUUGAAAAUGCAUUUGAAACACCUAACUACCCAGCCUCACAGAUUAACCUACAGUAUUCUCAGUGUGCCCAGAAUACUUGCAUUAGCGUUCAGAUUCAUCUAACAAAGGCGAUUCCAUAGAAGUGUAGAGUGUGUCAUGCAAUUUAUUGAACUCCUCUACCCACAAUUUCCAGCAGCACAGUACGCCGUGAAGCAUCAGUUAUUUAUCCUCGUGAUCACAUGGCUGACGGGGAGCUGGCCAGGAGGAGACUUGUCCUACAUAUGUAGACCAGGAAGAGAUGAAAACUGAAAAGCUGAAGAAUGGUUUCACUGAGUUCUACCAGUUCUGCUCACUGACAAGUAUCAUGCGAGGUGAACCACCUAGCGGGGUCGCCCUGCUCUAUAAAUGUAGGAAGCAUUUCUGAGAAACAGCCAGUUGUCUGUGUUUCCAAAUAAGUUGUGUGCUAACAAAUGCCAUUAUUUUUCAUUUACUGAAAGGACAUAUUGAAACCAUAAAAAGUCGAGUCACUUUGUAAGUCUGUGAAUUUGCCUCCUGCAUCGUGUUACCAACUGCAUUAAAGUUCAGGCUCUUUUCCUUUUAGUAAAUUCAGUGUGACAACUUUACCAAAUCAUUCCUUAUUCAUUCAUAAAAAUAAAAACUUUUAUUAAUUUGAUUUCAUACUAAAUAAAUCCAGUAAAAGAUAUAAAAGAAUCCUAAUAAAAUAAGUAUAAGCUUUAUGUGAUAUAUCGAGGCAGAAUGAAGUAAAAUAUAAACCAUGACAUGAGAGUCACUCAGGAAUGCAGAAUGAAGGAUAUGGGCCUCAGUGAAUGAGACUAGCAUCAAUUCAUUUAUAUGUGUGCUAUAAAAUAUGCCUUAAACACUGCAUCCAGAACUGGCCUGGGUGCUAGUGAGUACUUCCUUCACUGAGUUAAUAGUAGUUAUCCUUCAUAAAAAUGAACAUAUAAGCAUGUUCAGCCUCAUUUUUACAAAAGUUAAAAGUUUUAAGGCUUGCAAACUAUGCAACUAACCUAGGUGCUCAUCAGUGGAUGAAUGGAUAGAGAAAAUGUGGCAUAUAUACAUGAUGGAAUUUUAUUGAGCCAUAAAGAAAAUGAUAUUAUGUCCUUUGCAGGAAAAUGGAUGGAACUUGAGAACAGUAUGUUAAGCGAAAUAAGCCAAACUCAGAAGAUCGAGUCAUGUUUUCUCUCACGUAGAAGCUAGAGAGGAAAAAGGAAAAGACAGAUAGGGGAGGAUCUCGUGAAAACUGAAGGGAGAUAAGUGCAGUCAAGGUACCCUGGGGAGGAGGGGAAGGGGCAUCCUGGGGACUGUCGGCCAGAUUGUGUUGUUAUGUCAUGCGCACGUCCAAACACGUAAGCACGAAUCCCACCAUUGUGCGCCACAGUCAUGAACCAAUAAAAAUAUG